AUGGAUAUACAACCCACAUUUGACACAGUGAUCAAAGCGAAUGCAUUCAAGUGCCUGGAGGUUGAUCCUAUUCCUAUUCUACAUGAAUGGUACCAACCAGGUGAUCUCCUCAUUGGAGGGAUGGCUUCACAGCAUCUCUAUGCCUCCAGUGAACAUACCUUUUAUGAACAUCCAUCUCAGAAUCUAUACGGACUUUCAGAUCUCAUUACAAAAUUCUACCAGCAUGUCCUUUCCUUGGCCUUUGCUGUGAAGGAGAUCAAUGAGAAUCCACAUAUCCUACCUAAUGUUACUUUUGGGUUCCACAUGUAUGACAGCUACAAUAAUCCAAAGCUGACUUAUCGGACAACCCUGGACGUGGUCUUCAAAUCACAUACAUUUGUCCCCAACUAUGAAUGUGGCACCAGGAAAAAACUCAUGGCCAUCAUUGGAGGACUUGGGUCAGAUACUUCAUCCCAUAUAGUAGAAAUGAUAGAUUUUUACAAAAUUCCACAGCUCACAUAUGGAUCAUUUCCUAUGGGAAAAAUUGAUAAAUCAUCUUCACUUUACUUUAUGGCUCCAAAUGAAGUUCCUCAAUAUUUCGGGAUUGUCCAAUUGCUUCAACGUUUUGGAUGGAAAUGGAUUGGGCUUUUUGCUUCAGACACUGAGAGUGGAGAACAUUUUUUGCAGAAAUUGGAGCCCUUGUUUUUCCAGCAGGGAAUUUGCUUAGCUUUCAUACAAAGAUUUCCAAAACUAUUGCGUUUGGAUGACUUAGGUAAAUUCAGUGAUAUAAUGUUUCAUUUUUAUACACAUUUCACAGAUGUUAAAACAAAUACAUACAUCAUCUAUGGAGAAACUUUGACAUUAGCCUGGCUGACAGCUCUCAAAUCUGUAUGGGAUGCUGCAAAUCGGGGAAAUGUAUCUUUAAGCAAGGUGUGGGUCACCACCAGCCAAAUUGAUUUCACACUAACAGGAACCCAAAGGGAAUGGAAUCUCCAGUUUUAUGAUGGGGCCAUUGCCUUCCAAAUCCAUUCAAUUGAAAAUCUGGAAUUUGAGGAAUUUCUUCGGUCCAUAAAACCCUAUUCAAGGCAAAGAGAUGGAUUUCGAAACCAUUUUUGGGAGCAAGCAUUUGACUGUUUCUUUCCUAAUUCAAGAUUGUCAUCCUUGGGCAGUCAAGAAUGCACUGGUGAAGAAAGACUGGGAAACCUUCCUGAAUCUCUGUUUCAAUUACAGAUGUCUGGCCACAGCUACAGUAUCUAUAAUGGGGUUUAUGCUGUGGCUCAUUCUUUGCAUAGCAUGCUAUCAAAGAGAUCUAUUCUCAGAAAAAUCUUGGCAGAUAAAGUGGCUGAAUCUCCAGAAUUACAGCCUUUUAAGCUCCACCCAUUUCUUCAAGGCAUUUCUUUUAACAACUCAGCAGGAGAGAAGGUGUCCUUUAAUGAGAAAAGAGAAGUUGCAGGAGGAUUUGACAUAAACAACAUGAUCGUUUUUCCAAACAAGUCCAUCCGGAGUGUGAAAGUGGGAAAGCUAGAUUGCGAUGCAUCUUAUGGAAAUGAAUUGAUCAUUAAUGAACAUCAGAUUGAAUGGCACAGAGGUUUCAAUCAGGUUCUUCCAGUUUCUCUAUGUAAUGAAUACUGUCAGCCUGGAUAUUGGAAGAGAAAAUCUGAAGAGAAAACCUUCUGCUGCUAUGAUUGUGUUUUAUGUCCUCAGGGGAAGAUUUCAACCAAGAUAGACACAGAAGAUUGUUUCAAAUGUCCUGAAGAUCAGUAUCCAAGCAUGAAGCAAGAUCAAUGCCUUAACAAAACAACAAGUUUCCUAUCCUUUGAAGAACCUUUAGGAAUGAGUCUGGCUUCAGCUGCUGUUUUCUUUUCCCUCAUGACAACCAGUGUGCUUGGAAUUUUCCUUAAGCGUAGAGAUACCCCUAUUGUCAAGGCCAACAAUCGGGAUCUCACUUACACACUCUUGAUUGCACUUCUGCUCUGCUUUCUCUCUUCCUUGUUAUUCCUUGGUGAGCCAGGGAAAGUAACCUGCCUUCUCCGGCAACCAGCAUUUGGCAUUAUCUUCUCACUUGCUGUUUCUUGUGUGUUAGCUAAAACUAUUACUGUAGUUGUAGCUUUCAUGGCUACUAAACCAGGUUCUUCAAUAAGAAAAUGGGUGGGAAAAAGAUUGGCUCUUUCCAUUGUCCUUUCUUGUUCUUUUCUUCAAGCAGGUCUUUGCAUUCUGUGGCUGGCAACAACUCCUCCAUACUCUGAGUUAAACAUGCACUUUCUUUUGGAAACCAUGAUUUUGCAAUGCAAUGAAGGUUCUAUCUUCAUGUUUUAUUGUGUCCUUGGCUACCUGGGCUUCUUGGCUAUUGCCAGCUUCAUUGUGGCUUUCCUUGCCCGUAAUUUACCUGACAGUUUUAAUGAAGCCAAGUUCAUAACCUUUAGUAUGUUGGCCUUCUGCAGUGUGUGGAUCUCCUUUGUUCCAACCUAUCUGAGCACCAAAGGAAAAGCCAUGGUGGCUGUGGAGAUCUUUUCCAUCUUGUCCUCCAGUGCUGGGUUAUUGGGAUGUAUCUUUUUCCCAAAAUGCUUCAUCAUUGUGUUGAGGCCAGAACUAAAUAGCAGGCACCAACUAAUCAAACGAAGCAAUUAA